AUGGCGCCCAAGGACAAAGCGCCGCAAGAGGAACCCCGAGUACUACUCGGAAGGCCACGUAAUAAUCUUAAAAUGGGACUUGUUGGACUGCCAAAUGUCGGAAAAUCAACGACGUUCAAUCUACUGUCGAAACAAAUGGUACCGGCAGAAAAUUUCCCAUUCUGUACAAUCAACCCUCACGAAGCAGUAAUCAAUGUGCCGGAUGAACGAUUCAAGCAUCUAUGCAAAGUAUUUCAACCUAAAAAGGAAAUAGCAGCAUGUCUAUCUAUAUUUGAUAUUGCUGGACUAGUCAGAGGAGCCCAUAAGGGUGAAGGAUUAGGUAACGCAUUCCUGUCUCACAUAGAUGCUGUCGAUGGGAUAUUCCAUGUGGUUCGAGGAUUUGAAGAUGAUGAGAUCGUACAUACUGAUGGAGAGGUCAACCCUAUCAAUGACCUGGAAACUAUUAACCAGGAGCUUAUUUUAAAGGAUCUAGACAAGUGCACAAAAGCAUUAGUAGAGAUCACUAAGGUCUAUCAACGUAACCAGAAAAUCAAAUCUAAAAAGGAAGAACUUGAUACAAUGACCAAAGCAAAAGAGGUACUUGAAAAAAAUCAAUGGAUCUCACAAGCAAAAUGGAAAGCAACAGAAGUACCAAUACUCAACGAGUACAACUUCUUAACGGCCAAACCUGUUGUAUACCUUGUUAACCUUAGCGAAAAAGAUUUCGUUAGACAAAAAAACAAAUGGCUUGCCAAAAUCGCAAAAUGGGUAGCAGAGAAUAACCCAGGACCUAUUGUACCUUAUAGUGCACAGUUCGAACAGGCACUAGAAGCAUUCGAUACUGAUGAGGCUCGUGAAGCAUACCUAAAAGAUAAAAAUGGAGCUACCAGCAAAAUAGACAAGAUCAUCUCAAGUGGAUACGCUUGUCUCAAUCUGAUCCACUAUUUUACAUGUGGUCCCGAUGAAGUCAGGUGCUGGACUAUACGCAAGGGUACCAAGGCACCGCAGGCCGCCGGGGUAAUCCACACAGAUUUUGAACGUGGGUUCAUAUGCGCAGAAACCUACAAUUAUACCGAUAUCGUCGAAUUCGGCACUGAAAAUGAUGUGAAGAACAAUGGAAGGUAUCUACAGAAAGGAAAGGACUAUGUUGUUCAAGACGGUGACAUUAUGUUCUUCAAGUUCAACGUGACCAACAAGAAAUGA